UUGCAACACGAGAAUAUAAACCAAUUUAUUGGUCUGUGUUUUAACACGAAGUUUACCUUGUUUUUAACUACAUAUUGUAGUAAAGGUAGUCUACAGGAUGUUAUUGAGAAUGAUGAUAUCAAAUUAGAUUGGAUAUUUAAACUCAGUUUAAUGACCGAUAUUAUUAAUGGCCUAGAUUAUAUCCACCAUUCUCCUCUCAGAGUCCACAGUAAUCUAAAGAGUAGUAACUGUCUAGUUGACAAUCGUUGGGUUUUAAAAUUAACAGAUUUUGGUAUGACUAAAAAUAACCAUUUAAAAAAGAACUCUGUUAGCGGUCAUCUACUUCAUAAAGAUUAUUUUUGGACGGCGCCGGAAGUGUUACGUCACGAAUCGCAUGUAUCUCGGAAAGCGGAUGUUUAUAGCGUUGGUAUUAUAUUAUAUGAACUAGUACUAAGAAUACAACCAUAUGAAACUACUUCUGAUACUCCUAAAGACAUUAUUGAGAUAGUAAAGAAUGGAAGCUGUCCACCACUUCGACCAAAUACGAGUUUGAAAGAUCCAGACGAUAAUACUGGUAUACCGGUACAUAUCAUAGCAUUAAUGGAAUCAUGCUGGGCCGAGGAAUCCGACAAUAGACCGGAAGUGGGCGAUAUUAAAAAGACUAUAAUUCGUUUCAACAACGGAAGGAAAGCCAACAUAGUUGAUAAUAUGAUAGUAUUAUUGGAACGUUAUGCUAAUAACCUAGAAGAGAUAGUAGACCAGAGAACGAGCGAAUUAAUACAAGAAAGACGGAAAUCAGACAUGUUACUUAAAAGAAUGUUACCUACAAUAAUCGCGGAUAAAUUAAGGAGGAAUGAGCUUGUGGUACCGGAGAUGUUUGAAUCUGUAUCUAUCUAUUUCUCUGAUAUAGUUGGUUUUACAGCCAUAGCUACCAUCAGUACAGCCAUUCAAAUAGUGGAUCUAUUAAACGAUCUGUAUACAAUCUUUGAUAAUAUCAUCUCCAGAUAUGAUGUGUAUAAAGUUGAAACUAUAGGCGAUGCAUACAUGGUGGUCAGUGGAUUGCCGGAAAGAAACGGAGACCGACACAUUACGGAAAUUGCCGAUAUGUCACUAGAGAUCUUACAAGAGAUUAAAAGUUUUAAAAUUGCUCAUUUACCGGAAGAACAGUGUGCUAUACGUAUUGGUUUACACACUGGACCGUGUGCUGCAGGUGUUGUGGGCCUGAUUAUGCCUAGAUAUUGUUUAUUUGGAGAUACUGUAAACAUGGCUAGCCGUAUGGAAACGUAUGGUCAAGCUUGCCGAAUCCACAUCAGUUCUACUACAGCGCAAGGAUUACAAACAACUGAACGGUAUUGUUUAUGUGAACGUGGAGAGCUAGAUGUAAAGGGAAAGGGAAAACAAACCACAUUUUGGCUGCUGGGAAAACAAGACUAACAAGAGUAGCAAAGAUUGUCAGAAAAUGGAUAUUGUAUAAUGUUUUAUGGUGGAUACUUCCAGUUUUCUAUAUAACAUAAUUUUACCAUUCAUAUUUUUUCUAUAUGACAUAAUUUUACAUAAUUUUACCAUUUUUCUACAUGACAUAAUUUUACCAUUCACCUAUAUCCAACUUCACCUAUUUCCAACUUCACCUAUUUCCACCUUCACACAUAUCCAACUUCACCCAUUUCCAUCUUCACCUAUUUCCACCUUCACCUAUUUCCAACUUCUCCUAUUUCCAUCUUCACCUAUUUCCACCACCUAUUUCCAACUUCACCUAUUUCCAACUUUCCACCUUCACCCAUUUCCAACUUCACCUAUUUCCAACUUCACCUAUUUCCACCGUCACCUAUUUCCAACUUCACCUGGGUGUGGUUUCUGGGGACUUGGGUAGUCAUGUGGUCUAAUGUGUGCGAUUUAGAUCAUAAGGUCUGCCAUUGAGUCAAGUGACGUGGUUGCAAUUUCCAGACUUGUACGAUUGACAAGGUGUAGGAUCGCCUGUCAGACCUUGUGGGUUUUCUGCAGGUACUCUAGUUUUCCUCCUAUUGCUAAAGACUAGUACACGCAAGCGAAUUACUGAAGUAAAAGUGGGUUUCUAUUUGUUUAUUUGUGUGUGAUGCUGUUAUCCUUCGUUAAUUGUUAAUUAUAUAAAUAAAAGUGCCUAUGUGAAAUUUACA